UCAUGCAAACAUGACAUUUCUAUAUAUUCUUCACCUAGUACUUGUUGGACUUAUCGGGUUUCACUGUCAAAUUACAACAAUCCACAAUGUGCCAGUGAGGACUGGAGGCUCCAUUUCCAUCCCAUGUCUCUAUGAGCGAAGUUACAGAAAUCAUGCAAAAUACUUGUGUAGAGGAUUUUGGUCACUGACUUGUUUUGAGAUCAUUAAAACAAACGAAACAAAAAUGGCUCGGGGAAGAUUUUCCAUCUCUGAUGACACAAAUCAAAGAAUCUUCACAGUGACUAUAAAGGAUCUGAUAGAUGAAGAUGAGUAUUUCUGGUGUGCUGUAAAGAUCAAACAUAAAUUAGAUGUUAAACAAAAAUUUCAGCUGUCAGUCAGCUCAGGUACGCCAAGUCUAUAUGUGCACAAGCAGGAAAUAAAAGCAUUGAAAAGGGGAAAUGUGACUGUUGUAUGUCACUGUGAAGACCCAAAAAUAACACAGUGGUGCAGACUGGGCAGCACCUGUGUAAAAACUCAGACUGGAUUAAUAGAUGGAACAACAGUGAAAAUAGAUAGAAGUGCCCCCGAUGUUUUCAAUGUGAUUAUGAGUGACCUGAGGACAGAGAGCAGUGGCUGGUAUUGGUGUGCCUGUAAUAACCUGCAGAUGCCAGUUCAUAUAACUGUUCAUGAACUACCCACAAUUACAACUACACCAACUACACCAACUCUGUUGAUUUCCAAAACAAAAAGAGAUGUUGAACUGCACACAGCUCAGACCACACACACCACCAUAACCGAAGCAGAUGGUAAGCACCUCCAAGAUGAACAAAAGAGUUCCACUAAGGUCAUAAUCAUCAUCACCACCCUGCUGUCACUGUUUUUUAUUCUACUCGCAGCCUGUUUUGGUUGGAGGAUAAGAAAAAAAAACAAGACUGAAGAUGAAGUGUGUGACAUUGCUAUAGACGACCUUUUUUAUUCUGGUGGUCUCUAUGCUACAGUUGAUCAUAAUCAACCUGCUACAGUCCAGUCUGAGGACUAUAGCCACAAAGAAAAUGUGACAUACAGCACCAUUACAAUAAAGGAUAAUGUGCAGCAAAAGAGUACAGCACCAGAAGGAAGUGUGAUAUACAGCACACUAAAACAUAAUGUGCCCAAAUAAGAAGAAUGGUUACGGGGCAUUAAUAUGAUCGAGCUGUAUGUGCCUCAUCAUCUAAACCAUGAUGGAUGAGCCAUGACCAGUGGUGCUGAUGGAGCUACCAUAAAAGGAGGAGGAAAUUUAUUUUUCUAAUGCUAUCUUUCUAAUGCAAAUGACUGCUUAAGGUUGUAUAAUAGUCUAAUGUGCUAAUAUAAACAAUAAAUAUAAAUGCCCUCUGUCAGCAUUACUGGAUUUUCUCAAGGACAGAGAUUUACCAUAUCACUUUAAGCAGUCUGAUGUGUCUAGAUUCUUUACAUUUUAUCAUAAAUGAGAAAAAAAAUCUGAUCCAAAUCAGCUUAAUGGAGUAUCAUUGUGUGUUUGUGUAUAUUUAAAAUAUCUCAAUUCAUAUUUAUAAACUUUCAAAUGUGUUUUCCCAGUUGUUAUAUUGUUUAGCAGUCUUUAAAAAUCUCAGAAAAUUUUUUUUUCUUUAUUUUGUUUGACCUAUAA